AACGGCGACACGGUUGCGUACGCGCAGUGUACCGUACACCGUCGUGAAUGACGGACGCGCCGUAUUUACAGUACCGUAUUUUUGUACGGAUUUAUCGAAAGUUUACAGUAAAAUAGUAACUAAAAAUGGCGAGUAAGGCUAAUGGAGUUGAGGAGUGGGUGCGGGCUCCUCCUCCUCCUGGGACCUGCCUGUCCAGGUUCACGAAUGCCAUCUAUAACCCUGAAGAGAACAGCUUCUUGGGACGCACGCCGAAAAGAUGGGGCAUAGUGCUGACCUUCUACCUGGUGUUCUACGCGGUGCUGGCGCUCAUGUUCGCGCUCUGCAUGGGAGGGCUGUACCUCACGCUGGAGGAGAGCAAACCCACCUACCUUCUGGAGGAGUCACUUAUUGGAGCCAACCCCGGCGUGGCAUCUCGUCCCCUGUACGAGACGCUGGUGCUGAAGUACAGCGUGGAGAACUCCUCCGAGUACCAGCCCUACGUGGAACAGCUGAACGAAUUCUUUAAAGAUUACAGCAGUGAGCGCUGGUACACGGCCCAGAAGGAGUGCAAGGCUGAGGACCAGUACGGCUUCCCUGAUAACCCCUGCAUCUUCGUCAAAGUCAACAGGAUAAUUAACUGGAAGCCCGAAUACUAUGAAGCAUCAGAAUUGCCAGCAGACAUGCCUGAGGACCUGGUGGAACACAUUCAGGCACUCGAUCCUGGUCAGCAAAAGCAAGUGUGGAUAUCCUGUGAGGAGGAGAAGGCGAAUGACACAAAGCUGGAGUAUCCAUGGGGGAGAGGCAUGCCAAAGGAAUAUUACCCUUAUUCGUAUGAGAAUAGGGAGUAUAAGAGCCCGCUCGUCGCUGUGCGGUUGUCUUCGCCAGCACAUAACUUAAACAUCGUGAUCCGAUGUAGGGCGUGGGCCAAGAACAUAAUCCACAACAAGAGUUUGAAGGAACCGUCGGGCUACACUCGUUUCCAGCUGUACAUUGAAGCCAAUGACAGCGGCAACAGCACCGAGGCCCAUACAUAAGCGGCAAUGUAUCGCGUGUACAGCGAUAGUGUAGUUCCAUUGUGCUAUGGAACGUGUAGUACUGCCGGUUAGGCUGGGUAUGCACUGACUGUCGUCUGUUGUUUGUGAUAAGAAAAAAGCGAUGUGAUGUUUUAUUCAAGAAUUCAAUUGGUGAUCGUAUUUAUUUAUGUCGCUAAAUAUAACAAAUCAGUAUUAUUUUCGCCAGUAAAUGAAGUUUUAUAGAAGAUUUUUUAAUAAUUUAGUAAAAGAGUUCUUCAGAAGUUUAUCAUAAUAUAUACGACUUAUUUUUAAUCUGCAGAUGAUUUAUUACUCAUAAAGUGUGCAUCUUUUUACUCAGCUAUAUGUGGUUAAUAAAGUGUCUCAAUAUCUUCUACAAACAUGUUAAGAAAAGUUUUUUUACCAUAUGGACAGCAGUUCAUUGCGUACCCAGCCUUAUAAUAGUAAAUAGAUCAAUUUUCCAUGAUGGUGAGUCACCAAGUGUCUACAGUAUACUUAUAGUUUGUGAUUUACACGCGUUGUGUAUGUGCGGUCAACAAAUGGAUGGGUGUGCAAACAGCUUAGUAGAUCUACUUUAUAAUCCCUGUCUUCUGACGUGGUCUUAUCCGCCAUUUUUGUGAAAAUGUAAUAGAUGAAAAUUAAUUAAUAGAAUGCACGAUCUUUACUUGUUUAUUUUAUUUAUUUAUAUGUAUUGUAUACAGAAUGCUUUUAAUUCCUUGAGAGAAUGUGCAGAAAUAUACGUUUAGAGUAAAUUCAUCAGUACCUUUAGUACGAGUUUGCUUUGCGUUGAACGAAAACGACACUCGCUUGGCGUUCUGAUUGGCCGGCACAAAUGAACCAACCAAUCAGGGCACCGAACGCGCUCUCGUUUCGUUUUCGUACAGCCAUAUGUAAAUGCUACGAAAACUUUUGAAUGUAAGAAAGCGUGAUGUUACUAAUAAAAUUAUCCAUGUAGGUUGGUUUAUUCUAUGUUGAACGAACAAAAUAUUAUGUGCACUGAAUUGUUUUACUUUUGUAAAAUGGGAUGAAUGUUUUAUUCUUAUUGGUAGCAGCAAUACAGCGCUUGAUCGUAAGUGGUUGAUGAAAAUACUAAGAUUAUAUAUUUGAUUGGAAUUGUUCUUUUUUAAUGUUAUUAUUUUGUGGAUUAAGUAGUUUGGCUGUGUUCAUUAUUAUGUGCCUUGUACACCAAAUUAAAUAUGACAUUAUGAUUGAAUUGAAAUGAGAAAUAAAAUGAAUUAAAUUGAAGAAUUGGGCUCGAAGUUUUAGAAUAGAAGUUACUUUGAGUAAAAGUUAUAAAUUCAGACUAUAUUGUAACUUAUUUUUUCAAGAAUUGAACUAUGCAAAAAUGUAGGUAUCUAUACAUACAGGUUUCCCCCUUGGAGAUUUUAUUUAAAUGUUAUUCAAGUUUGCGAUAGAUGAAAAAUAACAAUGCGCAUUACAUUACCGUUUAAAUUAUGGUAAAUAUUCCACAUAUUAUGUCUAAAAAGUAUGGAAAUUAACCAACUACGUGUAGUCAACCUGGUUAUUUGGUUCACAGACAAGAAAAUAGUGAUUGAUUCAGUAUUUAGACAGUACCUAAGUAUUGUUAUACUCAAUUGUAUGAUUUUUAAGUAAGCCUUUUGAAACCAUUGAUCGACUUAAUAGUUUCUAUACUGAAUCUAAUCAUUAUUUUCUUACCUGUACCCUUAGUACGAGUUUGUUUUACGUUUAAAGUAAUCAAAACGAGAGCGCGUUCGGCACUCUGAUUGGCCGGCUCGAAUAAACCAACCAAUCAGAGCGCGCAGAACUUAUAUUAAACGUAAAGCAAAUUCGUACUGAGGGUACUGCGUACUAAAUCUAUUUGUGUACCUAUGUGCUCUCUAAAAUUUGAUAUUAGGUACGAAAUAAAGUAGAAAUGGCUCAGUUACCAAAGAUGUGAUCAGUCGUAGGUUCGAUUCCAGUGCGUUAUUUGUAUUUCCUUGUAUGUAUCGUAGUGAGAGUAUGUUCACUGUUCAUGCCUGUUUCGAGUACAAAUCCUAUUUAUAAAUAUUCCAAGUUGUUGAUUGUAUAAAUGUGAAUUCAAUUUUGAAUAAAUAUAUCAAGUUUUAUUA